CAAAGCCAAAAGACAGACUAGUGGUAACCUCACACUACAGAGUUGUCUGCCCGCUACAUGAGUCAGACAGGUAACAACCGUACAGGAGACCGCUUCAGAAAACAUGGCUAGCGUGUACGAAGAGUUAAAAAAACAAUAUUUGAAAAGUAACAAACUGUACGAGGAUCCCAAGUUUCUGACCAACUCUACGUUUCUGUUUAAAGGAGGCCCGCGUUUUGGUGUCAAGUGGCUGAGACCAAAGGAAUUGGUCAAGAAUCCCCAGUUUAUUGCAGACGGUUUCGCUUACAAUGACUUUGAUCAAGGUGGAUUAGGUAAUUGUUGGUUUAUAGCAUCAGUUGCCUGUUUGUCAGCUUCAGAUCAUAAAGAAAUUUUAAAACGAAUUGUACCAGCAGAUCAAAACUUUGACAAAGAUUAUUUUGGAGCUUUCAGAUUUAACUUUUGGCAAUAUGGCAAGUGGGUGGAAAUUGUUGUGGAUGAUAGACUGCCUACUUACAAUGGUAAACUCAUCUAUGGAUGCAACAAGAAGAAUCCAAAUGAAUUUUGGUGCUCUCUUCUGGAAAAAGCAUUUGCCAAACUUCAUGGAAACUAUGAUGUUAUUGAUGGAGGAAGGAUUCAUUCCUCACUGGUGGACCUGACUGGAGGUAUUGGUGAAAUGGUGCCACUCAGGCAGGAAAUAGCUGAUAGAGAUUUGAGGAAUAUUUUAGUUAAUUGCUCUAAGAUGAACAGCAUCAUGGGAGCUGCAAUCUUUAAUCAAUUGGCUGUUCCAGGUGAAAGAGAGUUAAAAAGAGAUACAGGGCUGUAUGAAGGUCAUGCAUAUGCAAUUAUAAAUAUUAAAGAGGUAAACAUAAAGCAUUCUACAGUCACAUUAUUGCAUUUGAGAAAUCCUUGGGGUCAUGGUGAAUGGAAUGGACCAUUUAGUGACAAAUCACCUGAAUGGAAUCUGCUUAGUCAAGCUGAUAAAGACGCCACAUUAAAAACUAAAGAUGAUGGUGAAUUUUGGAUUAGUUUAACAGACUUCAGAACAAACUUUGAUGAAUUGGAAAUUUGUCAUUUGACUCCUGAUGCCUUUACAGAGGAAAUAUCCCAUAACUUGGAUCGCUCUCAGUGGGCAGUGACUGAGCAUUAUGGAUCAUGGGUCAGUGGAGUUUCUGCUGGUGGACCACCUCUGAGUUUCACAUCUAGAAAGUUUUGGAUCAACCCACAGUUUGAAUUAAGCCUGUCACAUGCUAACAAACCCACAACUGUGAUCAUAUCCCUGUUUGAAGUAGAUGAUCUACUUAGAAGAGCUGCUGAAGACAUUAGUAUUGGCUUUGUCAUAUUGAAGCACAAUCGAGUGCGUAGUAAACCAAGCAGAAUAACUGCAGAGAACUUUUCAGAAUAUGCCCCUCGUCUUGUAGAAACAUCUGGAAAAUAUUGGCCUUACAGAGAGCGAACUAAAAGAUACCUUUUAGAACCAGGAGAACAUAUCAUUAUUCCUUGUACAUUUAAAGCUGGUCUUGAAGCUGAAUUUUACCUGAGGGUAUUUGCUGAGACACCAAUAGAUUCUCAGCCAGUGAAUGUUCCCAAAAAUAAUGCUGACAUUGUCCCGUCAUCACCAAAGGAUACCUCAGAAUAUGCUAUAAUGAAAGCAUUCGAUGGCAUAGUUGGACGAGACGGUUUCAUAGAUGCAGCAGAUCUUGUUAUAGUGUUCCAGGCUGGAUUAGAAGCUGCUGGUGAAGGCAAAGGUUUUAAUAUAGAGACUUGUCGUUGUAUUACUGGUUUGUCUGAUAUCCAAUCUUCUAAAGGACUCAUCGAUAAAGAAGGAGUCAGAAAAGUCUGGUCAGAUUUACAGAACUGGCGAAAAGCUUUCAGAUUGAUAGAUACUGACAAAAACAAUGCAGUUGAUGCAAAUGAAUUACAGAAACUAUUUGAAACAAUUGAUUUCAAUGCUGGACCUGAAGCAGUGGCUGCCAUCAUGAAAAGAUAUGGGGGGAAAAAUGGGAAAAUCUCAGAGGAAGACUUUUUACAAUGUUUCUGUAAAACUAUGCAUCUUUUUAGAACUUACAAAGAGUUGAGCACAGGUGGGAAAAUCACCAUGAGCUUAAACCAAAUUUCUUUUUAUUUUUUACAGUGGAUAUCUGUUGGAUUGAGAACAUAAUCACAGACACUCUUGGAAAAUAUUUUUUCUAAUAUACAUUUCAGUUAUGUUUUUUCUUUGUUUUGAUAAUAAAAUUUUCUAUUUUGGAUGUUAACCUUGGCUCCUAAAGACCUGCUCAAUUCAAAACAAUCACUUCUAUUUGUAUGUAUGUAUAUGUUGAUCUUUCAACAUUUUGUAAACUAUUUCGCAUGUAUUUUUAAAAAAAUUGUCAAUCAAAUUUAAUGGUAUUUUUAUUUCUUUUUUUUUAAAUUAAAAAUACACUUUCAGAAGUAGAAACAACUUUGAAUAAACCUUGUAUUGUAUUUAAUAUAUAACUUGGUGUUACAGCUCCACUGUCUAAGUAUCAUUUUUGUAUAUAUGUAUUAUUUAAAAUGUUUAUUUCAUGUAUUAGUCUGGAAAUCAUCACUUAUUUAUAACACCUUAUCUUCAAAACGAAGGAAGGGGUGGGGCUCAUCAGGUGAGAUUGCAUGAUUUUACCUGAGUAUGAAAUCCUAGCUUUAAGUUGUAGCUCUAACAGGUAUGAUGUUGGGGGGGGGGGAGGAUCCAAGAACCACAUCAAUUUUCCUGGCAUCAUCUGUGUCAAACUUUUCAGGCACAGGUAUUGAUUAUCUUGUACUUAUGUAUAUUGACACAUGUGUAGUUGCAGAUAGUUACUAUAUAGAAGUGUGUUAUAGAUAUAGAAAAUUGUAUAUUACAUGAUUUGUGUUGUGAAUUAGCAAACUAAAUGUUUAGUCCUAAUAUCAUUUUAUUGUUAAAUUCCUGUGGUGCUAAUCAAUAUUGUAAUGAUUUGUUCAUUAUUAUAAUUAAAUUAGUUAAAUUGAGAAUUUACAGUUUCAUGAGUGAAUUCUGUUGAAUGAUAAAAGCUGACGCUUUAUUUUAAAACAUCUGAAUGUGUUGUUAAGAGAGAAAUUCAGCACUUUGUAUAACACUAUAGAUUUAAAAUUGUAUAGCUUUUAAUAAAAUAUUCUAUUCAAUACUUUU